AUGCAGAGGCAGUUUUGCGCGCCGUUCUCUUCUUUAUUCCCGCUGCUUUUUCUAUUGAGCAAAUCACCGCCCAAAGCCCUGUCCUCUGUGAUCCCUACAACUGAUUGCGGAACAAGACCAGUUGUGGAUGACAUAGUAACAGGAACACGAAUUGUUGGUGGACUUGAUGCUCAGCUUGGCGGAUGGCCAUGGCAAGUUAGUCUUGAGCUUUAUCAUUUUGGUAAAGGAUUUCUUCAUGUAUGUGGUGGAUCGUUAAUUAAUCACAACUCGGUGUUGACAGCUGCACACUGCAUUAAAGAAUGGACGGUCGCUUCAUUUUGGAGAGCUGUGAUUGGAUUGCAUCAUAUUUCUAGAUACCAUGCCCAUACCAGAAAGAGCCGGAUCAGGGCUAUCAUUAUGCAUUCCAGUUUUAACAAGAUUACCUUUGACAAUGACAUUGCCUUGUUCAAACUGAUGGAGUCUAUCAAAUUCAAUCAGUUUAUCCAGCCCAUCUGUAUACCUGAUGUUCCUGUGGCUCUAAAUGUUGAGACACCAUGUUUUAUAACUGGAUGGGGACAGACAACAGAAAAAGAGAGAGAGACAGAUGUAUUACAAGAAGCACAGGUUGAAAUUAUUCCAUUAUCAACUUGUAAUAGACAUGACUGGUAUGCAGGAAUGGUGAAGGACAACAUGAUUUGUGCUGGCUCUGAAAAAGGAGGAAUUGAUGGUUGUCAGGGAGACAGCGGUGGUCCUCUUACGUGCUAUAUGCCAGAUCUCACCAGGUACUAUCUGGUAGGGAUCAGCAGUUUUGGUUAUGGUUGUGGCCGUCCGAGGUUGCCAGGAGUCUAUUUGCAAACAGGUUUUUACAGAAAGUGGAUACAGUCUCAAGUUAUUUUAUUCGACAAAGCUAUGACUAUGAAGGUUCCUUAUCUUUUCUUUUUGACUGCAGGAUGGAUAGUUUUCUGCAAUGUUUGA